AUGAACGAGACACAUAGCAAGCAUCUUGGCCUUGUCUCCACGAAAGGGCCCCAAAGCACACGACGGCAUGUCGACAAGGCGGAGACCGUGCAGGACCUCAAAGACAAGUUUCCAGCGCAUGCGAUGCAGCUCUACUGGGUGAAUGGUCUCAUGCAAGACAAGGACGAACGGCUUGUGUUUAACGCGACGACCAUCGAAACAAGGUGCCUGCUGUGUGGUUGA